AUGCCAGCCAGUCGAAUUAGUCCCCUUCGUCCCUCCAUCCGCCUCUCGCCCGCCCAUUCUCGAGAAAAUUCGCGUUCCACCUCGCCCGCCCACCCGGAGUCGAUAUAUCAGAAAAUCGAUCCCUUGCUAGCGAACCUCUCUCCGGAAUCGACUCUCAAUGCCCUCACCUCAACAGAAGCUGUACCGUCGAAUGAGAAAUUCUCCCGCGAUGUCCUUUCUCAGAGUAUCUCCCAAGUGUCGCCGGCCGAACGCGCCUUGGGGAUACGCGCCGCGGUAGCCGCCCAGAACCUGAACAUCUGGUAUAAGGAGGUCCAGACCUGGACGUGGCCAAAACAUGCUGAUGCCAAAGAAGGGAAGGGAUUCGUGCCACCGGUGGAGGUGCAGUCGGAGGACAACGGUUCAGCGUCGGCUGCUUCGACCUCCCUGUUCCCCCCUGGCACCAGUGAUAUCGCGUACUAUGGAUGUCUGCCGUCGACAAUAGUGGAACAAUAUGAACAAAGGAUAGAGGAAAUACGCGACGGAAUGGACAAUUUAAACGUGGAGGAACUCAAAGAGCACGUUUUAAGUGCCCACAUUCCAUCCCGGUCUCGUCCUUCCUCUUCGACGAGCACGGUGUCCGUGCCUCCACCACUCAGCUAUGUGCAACUUAGUGACUUCACGGCUGUCGUGACUGCUACAAUCCUACGCGCAUUGCCAUUUCUCUCUCGUCUAAAUCACCUUUUGACCACCUGGGAUGUCCGACUUCUUGUCCUCCGCCAGAUUCCCGGUCUGCUUCGCGAACUCAAAUCCACUCGAUCCGCCCUAAAUACCUCCUUUCACGCGUUACGAACCUCCGACCCCUCCGAGAACAGCAGUUCCUUUUUAUCCAGCUCACAAUUACGCGUCGAUCAUGCUCAGCUCGAAUCCGCGGUCGUCUCAGUGGGUAGGCGAAUGGACCGAGUCCUGGACGCGUUGGAAGGUCGACAGGACUCUUUGCCUGAGAGCUGGAUCGAUGAUCUCGAAGGAAUCGAGUCGGAUUUCGCUGCCUGGGUAGUUGAAGUCGAUAAAUAUAAGCUUCGCACCGAGUGGCUCCGUGCCAAGCAGCAACACGAGAAGGAGACCAAGGCAUCCGAAACCGUCGCGCCUCCCGUUGAAGAAAAGGUCAAUACGACACCAACUGAGACACAAUCGGAUGAAGCUUUGGUAGAAUGCCUCGAGCCAGAGUCAACACAGGAGUGUCCUCAGAUGGAGACGAUUGAAGAGGAGCCCAAGAUUGAACCUGAUCUCUCGUCAGAGAGUAAUGCCGACGAACAGGAAACAUCCCAGUUGACACAAGAUUCAGGAUUGUCUUCUGCAGAGAGCGAUUCUACCCUCCCACCUCUCUCUGAGCCUGACACGCCACCUACCCUUCAUACCGACGACGAGCCCAAGCAUGUGCCUCAGAUCGUGUCCUCCGAUUGCGUAAAUGAGGAUGCGAAUACUCCAACUCCAACGCAAUCCGUCUUUCCACCUCUUCCGUCAAUUGAAUCCGAAGAGGAUAUCUCUCCCACUCAAGUGCCACUCCCAGUGACACCCAGCGUCGAAAAUAAAGAGAAUAUUCCACCUGUCGGCUUUAUACAACGACCAGCACCGCCGUCUCGGGAAUCAUCUGCCAAGCCCGCUGCACUCUCAGAGCGCGAUACGGACGAUGACCCUUUCACACAGAGACCCGCCUCGUCCAGGAAGAGUGAUUCUGUGGCUGCACCGGAUCUCCUUGUUUCGGACGAUGCUUCCACAGAGAGUAUCUACCAGGACCCGCCGAAACCUGUUGUAACUGAACAGGCAAGCAGCGCCAACAUGACCAAGGAUAAGAAGGAUGUCCAGGCAACUGAAACGGCUGAUAUCUCCCUCCCAUUUGUCCAAACUGCGGUGACUGCGGUGACUACGGUGACUGAGCAGCCCGAGCAGCCCGUAGCUACAGGCACUCCGGAUAGGCGACCCAAGGAGGAAUCGUCCCCCGCCCUUACGAUGGAAAAGCCUAGGGUUCACUGUGCUCCAGUCCGCAGCUCUCCAAAGACAACACCAACCCGCAUUCCUGUGUCGAAAAUGCACAAGCCUCUCCCAAAGCAACCUCAAAGCCAGGUCCCAGUCAAUUCUAUCGAAGAGCCACUCAAAACCGCCCCGAAGCCCUCCCAGCAUACACCACAGAAACAAGCGCCGUCCAAGAAGCCAUUGCAGAGCCCAAUCAAGCUUUCCAAGAUACGACCCGCCAAGCUCGAUCUCGCCAAAGCCGCCCCAAAGCCGCGUUAUCGACGACCAUCUACAGGAUCCGUCGGCUCUCUCCCUUCGAACGACUCCUCCCUGAUCUCCAGCCCUGGCGCCCUUGAUCCCAAUACCGACUCGUCCAAGGAUGGUCCCCUUCUGACACCUCCUCUCUCCGACUUCCCCCAACCCCCCUCUUUCCCGCCUCGGGGUGAUCAUGCGUUGCGAGCUGAUCGUCUCCGUCACCUUGAGAACCGCAAGGUGUCUCCUCGGACUACUUUUAAAGACAACCGCUCUCUCAGUCUGCCGCUUGAGCGAUUCAUCAAUGAAAAGAUGGACCUUCAAAUGGACCGCGACCCGGUCUCUCCUGCCGGUCGAGUGCCAUUGAAGAAAACAUCGAUUCCCCGAGAUCUGCCUAAUCCUUCUACCUUUCCUAUUCCACAGGUGCCCGCUAGAUCAUCCAGCCGACGCCCUGCUUUGACCCGCGGAAAAUCUGCUUCUGAUCUUAAGUCCAGUAGCCAAGCCCAGAAGGAAGCCCAGAAGGAAGCGCAGCGCGUUGUGCGAACUUCUUUGAAGAGUUCUUCCCUGCGGACAAUUUUUAAUCAAGAUCAACCAAAGUCUCUCCGCUUACGCCAGCGCUUAACAGCUCAUCCCAGCCUGGAAAGUUUGGGCAUGAGACGGCAAGAACUUGACUACGUCGAGGAGGAUGUAUCGGAACCGACAGAUGUUGGCUCUCGAGCAUCGUCACCGAAUAGGCAACGGAGAAAACCUAGAGAUCGUCUCGACGAGAAGGUUAACUCAAUUUUGAACACGCUGCCUGGGCGAAUCAACCUCGUCGAUCCUAACAAUGAGGCCGACACAUCUUCGUCGUCGUCCUCAUUGGAUCGCAAAAUGCGAGACAGAUUUCUUUCGGAAUCACCACCUGGGGCUCCAUCUCGGAGUGCUACCCCAGCGCCUUCCUUUUCGCUCAUGCCUGCUACCAGAAGGCGCUCACAAGUGUUCAAAUCGGAGGAUAGCUGUGUCAGGCUCUAUCACCUCCAACAUGCCGGACAGACAGCUCCCACAAAACUGUUCGUCCGUACUGUUGGAGAGGAGAAUCAGCGGGUUAUGGUCCGUGUUGGUGGUGGCUGGGCUGAUCUGGGCGAAUAUCUUCGCGAAUAUGUCAUCCACCACGGUCGCCGAAAGGUUUCCGAAACACCCCGUGUCGAAGUACAAGGCUUGACAGCUCGUUCCUCGCCUGGUUACUCCACCCCGGGCUCCAUGCUGACCCCAGCCGCACCAGCCUACAUGACCUCCGGCCGAGCGACUCCAUCUCGACCCCCGUCCGUCAUGAGUGCCCGACCUGCCUCGUCGCUCAAUGUUCGCAAGGUACGGCGAGGAUCCAAUGCAUCGGAUGCAGUCGGCACUAGGUCCGUGACUACGAGUGCCUUGGCCUCAUUCACCUCGCCCCCAUCUGCCUCUAUAGGCAGGCGUCGUCUCUCGGUCUCUUCCAACUACUCGUUUGGCGAUGUGAACUCCCAUUCUCCUGGAAAUACCAACUCCCUGGCGCCAGAUUCCCACUCCACCCCACUCGGUCUUGCCGGUCCCAAACCUCGGGCACGACAUGUUUCCAUGAGCCCGGAAGGUGAAGCCUGGGUUGAAGAUGUCCUCCAGAAAACCCGCCUCUCCAGUUCGAUCAACGCUCCCCUUUCCCACUCGGCGUUACCCCCAACCAUGAGUCUGCCGAGCAGCACGAUAUCAGUGACACGGCUUCUAUCCGCUCUUUGCCCAAGGUCCGCAGUGUUAGUGACAUUGGAUCUGUCGGCACAAGCAGACGCGUCGUACUGA